AUGAGGCAUUGUGUUCCGGAAGAGGAGGUUCACAACAUUCUUGAACAUUGUCAUUUAGGUCCCUAUGGAGGGCAUUUUGGUGGGCAGAGGACUGUUGCAAAAGUUUUCCAAUCGGCCUACCACCCACAAACAAAUGGUCAAGCGAAAAUAUCCAAUAGAGAGAUCAAGGGAAUUCUAGAGAAAGUGUUGAAUCCUAGCAGAAAAGAUUGGUCUCAAAGAUUGGAAGAUGCUCUUUGGGCCUAUAGAACGACUUUCAAAACCCCUUUGAGAAUGUCACCUUAUUGUUUGGUUUUUGGGAAAGCUUGCCAUUUUCCCUUUGAGUUGGAGCAUAAGGCAUAUUGGGCCACUAAGAAGUUGAAUAUGGAUCUCCAAGCUGCUGGAGAAGCUCGUCAAUAUCAAUUAAAUGAGUUAGAAGAGAUGAGGUUGUUCUCCUAUGAAAAUGCUAAGCUUUAUAAGGAGAAAGCAAGAGAUUGA